CCCGGCUCCCCCCAGCUGUUCCAGCCCUGCCUUGUGAGGCCGUGACCCCCCGCGACUGCCAGGACGUUUAUGCGGGGGGGGCUCAGGCUGACGGGGUUUACCUGGUUUACCCUGCGGGUCCGGGGCUCCCCGUCCCCGUCUACUGCGACAUGAGCACGGAUGGACACGUGUGGACGGUGUUUCAGAAGCGCUUCAAUGGCUCCGUCAGUUUCUUCCGGGGUUGGAACGAUUAUCGCUACGGUUUCGGGCGAGCCGACGGCGAGUAUUGGCUAGGUGAGGUCACGUGACGCCCGGCGGCACCCAUGGGAACCCAGCGGCACCCGUUGAGAUGCACUGGCACCCAUAGAACCCGUUGGCCGCCCGUGGGAUCCCAGCGGCUCCCAUUGAGAUGCACUGGCACGCGUGGAACUCAGAGAACCCAUUGGCACCCAUUGGCACCCAUAGAACCCAUCAGCACCCAUCGGCACCCAUUGGCACCCAUAGAACCCAUCAGCACCCAUUGGCACCCAUCAGCACCCAGUGGCAGCCAUUGGCACCCAUAGAACCCAUCAGCACCCAUUGGCACCCAUUGGCACCCAUUGGCAUCCAUAGAACCCAUCAGCACCCAUUGGCACCCAUUGGCACCCAUAGAACCCAUUGGCACCCAUUGGCAUCCAUAGAACCCAUCAGCACCCAUUGGCACCCAUAGAACCCAUCAGCACCCAUUGGCACCCAUCAGCACCCACUGGCACCCAUUGGCACCCAUAGAACCCAUC